UCAAUGACGGGGUGAGUCAUGCAGCAAAUAUCCUCGAAAUUAACUUGGAGCUUCUCAUCCAACCUAUGCCAAUAGCUGGUUUAUUUCAUCCUCCAUCUCAAUUUCAAAGGAGACCCAAGAACGCAACUUGUCCUUUAUCGGAGAAUCAGGUUUCUCAGGGCGGACCAACCAACGGCCAUAGACUCCUCCUCCCUUAUAAUAACAUGAGGUCUCAAGAAUCCCAAAAGCUGAAUGGGGAGUCACCGAUGAAGAAAGCCAACGUCUCCACUGCUAAGAAGGGAGUCAGGUACAGGGAAUGCAGGAAGAAUCACGCUGCCAGUAUUGGCGGCUAUGCGGUUGAUGGCUGCAGGGAAUUCAUGGCUAGUGGGGAGGAAGGAACAAGCGGCGCUCUCAAAUGCGCUGCUUGCAGCUGCCACAGGAGUUUCCACAGGCGGGAGGCUGAAGAAGAGAGCUUUUGCGACUGUUCUUCGAAAACUACUGCAAAGAAAUGAAUGGUCGGAGUGCACUCCGUUCUUGCUCUUUUUAUAUCUGAAAUCUUGUUUGGCAAGUAAGUCUGGUCGUAAAAGUGAAUAAGCUGUGGAUUAAUUUGGCGUCUAUAUCAUGGCUGUGGUAUAUAUGUUUCGCUGUUUAAUUAUGGCCCUAUCAAUUAUGUGAA